CGACCUUCGUAGGGAGAGGGCGCUUUUGUCGCCUCGCCUCGCGGCAUUCGGAAAACGUGUGCGUAUUUUUGUGAGAUCGUCUUGCGUGUUAUCUCGCGGCACGGUACUGAUAUCUGAUGAGAAAACAGAAAACCCAGAACAAUCUACAAAGGGAAAUCUUUUCUCGGAGCCGAGCUUAGGGCCUCAUGAAUAUGACAUUAGCGGUGGUCUGACCCACUAUGUUGAUUUAUAUGGAGGCGAUCCAUCAAGCGUGAUAAACGGACCGACGUACAAACUAUACGCGUUACAUUGUGAACUUUGUGAAUGAGGUUUCCGUAAUGGACAUGCUACAAAAACGAGAACUAUUACAAAGCUAAUUUUUGACCCGGAACUAAUGUAUGUGCAUAAUAAAUCAUAGAAUAUAGCAAACUAACAUACAUAACAUAUUAAAAACCUAAUCAUUAUGGCGUAUUGUGUAAUAAAAACAAUCCUACAGUUUAUUUAUAAGAAUUCCUAAUACUUAAAACAACUGUCCUGGUCCUUUAAGUCGUAUUAACAAAAUACUAUUUAAAUAAAUUUGAAACUCUCGAGCCGCACAAAAUUCCGCAUAAACGCCAAUAAACAGAGAUGUAAACAUGCGUCGUCGCCCUUUGCCAUCCGUGCGGGAAGAAUCGGGCUCGAAAUCAUGGAAAAGUAUAUGCGAGAGUGAAUGGACGAUCUACGCUCUAGUCGCCUCAGUUGGCGCGCUGACGUACUCAAACAGUCUGAAUGGGGAGUUCGUGCAUGACGACAUCCCGGCGAUCGUGUCUAAUGGGGACGUAAAUGGCGCGAAUUCAGUGCUGCGGAUAUUGAAAGAUGACUUUUGGGGCACGCCGAUGUCGGAUGUGCACAGCCACAAAUCGUAUCGGCCGCUGACCACGCUGACGUUCAGGUUAAACUAUUCGCUAUGCGGGCUCGCCACGUGGUGGUGGCACGUCAUCAACGUGUCAUUGCACGCAGCGUGCUGCGCGCUGGUGGCACGCGCCGGCGUCGUCAUCGCCCGCCUGAAGGCCCCCUUUGCGGCCCUCGCUGGCUUGCUGUUCGCUGUCCACCCGAUUCAUACUGAAGCGGUGUCUGGUGUGGUCGGUCGGGCUGAUGUUUUAGCAUGCUUCUUCUUUUUAUCUUCUUUGCUUAUGUAUCAUGGAUGCGCAGGCAGACAUCGAGUAAUGUCCAGCAUAGUUCUAGCUGCCCUCAGCAUGCUGGCGAAGGAGACUGGUCUCACAGCUUUGCUCUUCAACAUCGCUUUCGAUUUAUAUCGGUCCUGGAGCUCUAUUAGCAGAUCUCCAGUUCGUUGGCGAUGGAAAGGGGACAAUGUUUGCAGCAGGGUCAGCCGAGGUCUGGCGGCGCUGAUCAUUCUAGCUGCAGCAAGGUUGACUCUCUUACAGGGGUCUUUACCAGCGUUUUCACCACAGGACAACCCCCCCGCUUUUCACCCUUCGUUUAGCGUGAGACUCAUGACGUUCUGCUACCUCGCCGCGUUCAACUGGUGGUUGCUGCUCUGCCCCUGGACGCUGAGCCACGACUGGCAGAUGGGCUCCAUCCCGCUGGUGACGAGCCUGUGGGACGGUCGCAACCUGCUCACUGGCGCCGCGCUGUUGGCGCUUGUGGCAUUGACGUAUCGGUGUGUUAUGGACUUGGAGUUGCAACGGCACACGCCGGCAGUAGUCGGAUUGCUUUUGCUGGUGAUUCCAUACCUGCCUGCUUCCAACUUGCUGGUGACUGUCGGCUUCGUGGUGGCUGAACGAGUGCUGUAUAUACCUAGCGUGGGCUCGCUGGUGGUGACGGUGUACGGCGUGCAGCUAGUGUGGGGGCGCGGGGUGCGCGGGCGGCGGCUCGCGGCGCUCGGCACCGCGGCGCUCGUCGCAAGCGGCGCCGCUCGCACGCACCUGCGCAAUCGCGACUGGCGCACCAGGGAGACACUCCUCAGAGCCGACCUCGCCGUUCUGCCGCACAAUGCGAAACUUCACUACAAUUUUGCAAACUUCUUAAAAGAUAUCGAGCAACAGGAAAACGCGAUCAAACAUUACAAAGAAGCGCUGAAGCUAUGGCCGAGCUACGCAAGCGCGCACAACAACCUGGGUGCGCUGGCGGCGGGCGAGCGCGCCGAGCAGCACUUCCUGCUCGCGCUGCGCUACAACCGCCGCCACCUGAACGCGCACUACAACCUCGCCAAGCUCUACCGAAAGAAGAAUCGCAUAUCGGACGCGUUGAAAAUGCUUGAGCGGUGCAUUGCGUUGGAGCCGCGCUUCGUGCAAGCCUACCUCGAGCUCUUCCUCGUCGCAGAGGAGAGGGAGAAGCGAGCGAUACUCGACAAACUGGUCGAGCUGGAGCCGAGGAACUGGGAGCAUUACUAUCUGUAUGGGAACUGGUUGAAGGGGAGAGGUCUAUGGCCGCUGUCAUACGACUACUACGUCCGCGCACUCGGCGUGUCGCGCGCUGCAAGUGCGGCACACGCGACAAAUACGGCACACGCCACAGGUGCGGCAGGUGCGGGUGGAGCGGCGCUGCGUGCGGCCGGUGUGCUGUUGCGUGCUGCUGGGCAGCGCGCUAGACUGCUGCAUUUGCUUAUACGAUGGCAGCGCGCAGGCGCGGUGGGCGGCGCGCGGCGGGCGGCGGCGGCGCUGCGCGUGCGCGCCGAGCUCGCUUCGCGCGCCGCCAAGUACGCGCGCGCCACGCAGGUGAAAUCUACGUGCCUCCAUCACAGCCAACUAGAGGUGCCGUCACAGGCGUCGCCAAGUGCGUCAUCAACCAAAAACUAUAGAACAUUACACAGUGAAGUGCUAGUGAAACCGAGUUGCCAAAGGAACACUCUGCCGAUCGCAUACAAACAGACACACAACAAAUCCGAAACGGGAACGAAACAAAAAAGUUGUCCGCUAAAUAAAAAGAAAAUAAAAGAUCCCGACCCUUUUGCCAUAGUUUCGGAUCAUUUAAUAAAAACGUAUUAGUUGCGUGAAUGGCGAAAUAAAACUCCCAUUCAUGGAGCAAACUUUUCAAUGUAAUUAAAUGGAAACACUAAAUAAUACCUUCAUGAAAAAAACAAACAUUAAUUGUUAUGUUUUAAAUAUUUUUAAUCGUUUUUUGUAAGUAAAUAAAUUAUUACUUCGGUUUUUAUUACAACAGACCAUACGCUACUAUGAAUGACAGUAUGUGUACCAUGUCUUGCAAGAUGUAUAAAAAAAUCAAUAGAAAUGUUAUCUCUCAUGGUACACAAAAUGUUCUUUUUUAUCUGGAAAAAAUAUCUAUAUGAGAAUAAUAAUUAAUAUAUUUACUAUUUUUUUUAUUAUUCUCAAUCGCGUC